AUGAAUCGUUUUACAAUUCAAGCUCAAGCCCACGUUUGCUGUGAAUCCGAACAACCAACAGACAUAGCCACUUGGGAAGAUGUCAGUGAUGAGGAGUCGGACGAAUCGCCCAGGGGCCUGAUUCGGCCGGAAAGUCUUACCGUCACUACUAUUCAAGAACACGAGGGUGAGGUAACACUGCAUCCCACCAUCGUAGAGCCACGUCCUAUGCGCAAGCGUAGUGAGGCCGUAAGACGUAAAGAACCUCGCAAGCAACAGAAGCCGAAGACGUUUCUACACCGGGAGCCUGUCAUGGCUGCACCCAUCCUCUUUUCUUUACUGCAUACUGUGACUCGCCUAAUUGACCAUCCCAUCUACCCGUGGCAUGACACGGAAAUGUUCGUGCCAGGAAACUGCCGUAGUGUCGCUAAACAGAUGUUGAGAGUUACUCUCCAUCAGCUGUCCUCAUCUGGCAUAUGCCUCCAAUUAUUUGAUACUCCAAUAUCUCGAACGGACUCUUUUUGGAAAGUUGUGUCGCUCUCGUUGGCUGACUUCCAAGAGCUUUCUCCUGUCUACUUCAUUCAACUGCUCUUCGAAGUUGUUUAUUUUCAUAUUUUUUAUUUACCGAAGUAACA